CUUGACUGGUGUAGAUAUAAACUCUCACCAAGUAUAUUCUUACAAAGGAGAGCUCACUGAGCUGGGUGGGGGUCUCAGCCACAGAUAUUCUCUCCUCCUCAAGGCUUCAUCAAACAGAAGUAGAGAAUGAAUAUGGAGAAGCUGCCCCUGUGCUUUCUCAUCAUCAUGAGUCUCUCAAAUGCUCUAGCCCAGACAGACCUGAGUGGGAAAGCCUUUGUGUUCCCAAGAGAAUCCAUGGAUUCCUACGUGACCCUAAUACCACACCUAGAGAAACCACUGAAGGCCUUCACAGUGUGCCUAAAAGUCUACACUGACCUGAACAGAAGCUAUAACCUUUUUUCUUUUGCUACUCAGGCACAUGAUAAUGAGAUUCUCCUCUUUCAUGAAGGGGACAACAACUUCAGCUUGUCUGUGGGCAAUGUUAGGGUAGUGUUCUCGGUGCCUGUGACCACUCCUGCUCCAACACACUUCUGUGCCACCUGGGAGUCAGAGUCAGGCAUUGCUGAACUCUGGGUAGAUGGGAAGCCCAUGGUAAGGAAGGCCCUAAAGCGGGGGUAUGUUGUGGAGAAACAAUCAAAGAUUAUCCUUGGGCAAGAGCAGGAUUCCUUUGGAGGAGGGUUUGAUGAAAAGCAAUCCCUGGUGGGGGACAUUGGAGAUGUGUUCAUGUGGGACUUUGUGUUAUCACCAAGAGAUAUUAAUACUCUAUACCUUGGGGGGACCUUUAGUCCUAAAAUCCUAGACUGGAGGGGGCUGAACUUUGAGACAAAGGGCUAUGUGGUCAUUAAGCAUCACCUGUGGGCAUGAGCCCCUGUUAGCCUCUGAGAUUCAGGCCCUUAUGAUUGUUCCUUUCCCUCAAGGAAAUUAAGCUUCAUUUUCCUUAUGUCUUAGUUCCUUCCGUCUUUGUAUUUCCAAACAUACAUAGCCGUCUUGUGGGGGCAGAACAACUAUGGGGAUGAGUUCUGGGCUCUACACUUUGUCCUUAUCACAGAAAAGAGGAGGGGACAAGCAACAACUUGAGAGGAAAUGAAUCACUUUGGGGAAUUUUGUUAAUUUUCAAAGUCAUCAAUCAUAGAAUAUUAGAUCUGGGAUGGACAUGAAAGAUCAACUAAUUAAAAUCUCCCAUUUAAUAAGUGAAGACUCUAAGACUAAGAGAGGGGAAGUCACUAUCCCAUCAUCACACAGAUAGUUUGUGUCAGAUUUGGCUUGUAGGGUCAUGGGAUAAUGGAUAAAGAUGAAACAUCAGGGGUCAUCUGGUUCAAUUCCUUAUUUUACAAAAGAGGAUACUAAGCUCCAGAAUUUAGUGACUUGUUCACCUUACCCAGUUAGUAAGUGGUGAAGAUAGGUUUUAAUCUAGGUCCUUUGAAUCCAGAUUCAUCCCUCUUUCUAAUUUUGGGUAAAGGGGAGACAGUGUCUAAAACCCAAAUACCUGUCUCUCCUAUCCAGUGUUUUUUUUUGUGUGUGUGUGUACAAUAUCACUUUUUCUUUACAAUUUAAUGACAUCUUUUCUCCUAGAAUAUAAAAAUCUCAACAGAUAUACAGUAGAGCUAUCCUAGAACUCUAGAAUUAAAUGGAAGCCUAAGGAUAUCUAAUCAGUGUUGUCAGUAGCCAAGACAAUCUAGAAUUUGAGGCCCAUUGUUGCAGAAUCUCAAAAGAACCAAAAGGUUACAAAAUUGGUAAAGACAUUUAAAUGUAAGCUUGUAGUUUCCUCACUUGGUUUCCACUUAGAUGUGUGCCAUGUGAACAAUGGUUUGUUCUAGAGCAGGGCUUCUUAAACUUUUUCCACUCACAACCCCUUUUCACCUGAGAAAUUUUUAUGUGCCACCAUGACUACUGCACAUGUUAUAUGUUCAAAACCAAGGCUGCAGUGACCCCCACAUCCAGUUAUGAGACUCCACAUGGGGUCACGACCCACAGUUUAAGAAGCUUGGUUCUAGAGGUUGUGAGCAUUUAAUAAUUUGAACUUGAAAUUUAGUAACUGAAUUCAGCUAAGGGUGAGAGGGACCCAAGAAAGUGCCAAGAGAGAAGGCACAUUUUCUAUUGGUGAAACAAAUGGUCACAAGAAAUAGUAUUCUAAGCUAUCUUUGCUACCAACCCUCCAAAAAUAGUCUAUAAUGAGCCCAGUGACCAAAUCACUAUUAGAUAAUCCAUUUAAUACCUGAUCACUCUAUAACCUGAAGAGCACAUCUUAAGUCUGACAAUUGAUACUGGUGGUGGGAGUAAGUUUCCUUUUAAUACAGGAAGGGGGUUGACCUUAGGAAUUGUUUGGUAAGUAGAAUUGGUAGAUACAUAAGACUUGAAUUGUAGGUGGACCUUCUUUGCCACUGACUGCAAUGGAAGACUCAGUGUAGCCUCUCUGGAGAAUGUGAAGACAGAAAGAAGCAACAUCUAUUUUUAGAACAUAUCUUUUUGACCAUUGUGAGUGCUGUAAAUUGAUUUUUGUUUUUUUGUUUGUUUUUGUAAAUUGAUUUUUAUGGAUUGUUAUAAUCCAUGAGUGUUUUAUUGCAUUCCAUCCUGAGCCCAAUUCAUUGGAUUGGCCUAAGAUAGAUCUGGUCCAGAAUAAUAUCGAAAGCCAGAUGUAUGAAGAUAGGAUAGCCCUCAGGGUGUGCUGCAGGGAGAGUUUGGAACAGGGUAGCUUGAGGGUCCUAGUGCAUGGAGAAUUUGUGAUGAAACACACCCCAUGCAGACAGGAUGAAGCACACCCCAUGCAGACAGAAGGCUGGCUGAAUGCAGGACUAUUUACUUGAAUUUAUCUUCCUUUGUUCUACUUCAUCUUAAUGAAUACCAGCCCAAAGGCUUUUUGUUCAGACUCCAGGUGAUACCACCUGUGUUUCUCUAUGGUUUUCCUGUGUGCUCACCAACUAGGCACCUUACUCAUUUCUCCUUAGUGUGCUGCUGUCAGGGCAUCAUGGAUUUAGCAUAAGCAUGUUCAAGAGACUAGAAUAUGGUUUUGAAGGUGUAGUGGGUGGUAUAAUUGUUGAUCAUUGCAAUGAUGAACCAUGACACUAGAAGUCUGAAGAUGAAGCAUGCUACAAGUCUCCUACUAGAGAAAUGAUGGACUUAAUAAGGAAAAUGGGACAUACAUUUCUGAAUACGGACAACGUGGGAAUUUGUUUUGUUUUUACUAUUCAUAUUUGUUAUGAGGGUUUUCUUUUGUUAUUGUUCAGUGGAGGGGAAGGGCAUGAGAAGGAGAGAAAAACAAUUGCUUGUUAACAAGAAAUAAAAGGACACAAUUGUUGCUGA